UCGUUCUCUGCAACUCAAAACCUCCUCCUCCUCAGCAGAGGCUCGAUUCGAUAAAGCCAAAAUGGCCGCCAACAGGAAGGAGCCGGAGGGAAUCAUGCUCCUCUCGGUCUACAACGACGACGAGGACGACGACGACAUGGACGACGCUGAAGACGACGACGACGGCGCCGGCGCCGACGAGCAGCCGCCGGAUCCGUGGGACGCCGUGGAGGCGGAGUUGGCGGGGAAGGAGAGCCCGCCGUAUGAGCUCGCGGAGGGCGAUCCCAUGGAGGCGAGCGAUGGGGAGGACGGCGGGGCUAGGGUUGGCAGCGAGAGAGGGGCGGCGUCGGCGGCGGCUAGCGAUUACGGUCACGAGAGCACUUUGACGGCGGAGGGCUCGACGCCGAGCCAGCGGGAGCAGCCGCCGCCGCGGCAGCAGGGGGCGGCGGUUUCCGUGGAGGCGAGGAGGAGGAGGACGAGGGAGAUGCUGAGCAUCGUGGAUUACGCGCACGAUGAAUUCGCGGUGUCUCCGGAAGCUGAGGAAGGGGAAAUAGACAGCGGCGGCAACUUUAUGCUUGAUGAAAGAUCCCAAAUGGGAAAUGCAGGUGAUUACCAAGAAGAGCCUACUCAACAAACUGUACAGGUUGUGUCACCAAAUAACCAAGAUAUUUCUCUAUCAUCUGGACAUACAGAGCCAUCACAACCUGAUGUUAGAAAUGUUACAGAAGCACAAGCCCCAGAAGUUGAAGAUUCUGCUAAGGUUUCUGACGAUAUUGAUCCGUUGGAUAAGUUUCUUCCCCCACCACCAACAGCCAAGUGCUCAGAGGAGCUGCAGGAGAGAGUGAGAAAAUUUAUUGCGUACAAAAGAGCUGGAAAAAGUUUCAAUGCUGAAGUGCGCAACAGGAAAGACUAUCGAAACCCAGACUUCUUGCUACAUUCAGUGAGAUAUCAAGAUAUUGAUCAGAUAGGAUCUUGCUUCCGCAAGGAGGUGUUUGAUCCCCAUGGUUAUGAUCCAAGUGACUAUUAUGAUGAAUUAGAGGUUGACAUGAAACGAGAAGCAGAAAGAAAGGAUCAAGAGAGGAAAAAGAGCCAGCAGGUCGAAUUUGUUGCUGGUGGAGUUCAAGCUGGAGCACCUGCUAUCUUGCCCAAAGUUAAUGUGCCUGUCGCAGGUGUUCCAACUGCCGCUUCUGGUGGCUUGCGACUGAGUGAUCCUACUGCUCGGGAUGGCCGGCAGAACAAAAAAUCAAAAUGGGAUAAGGUGGAUGGUGACAGGAAAAAUCCCCUGCCAUCAGGAGCACAGGAAUCUGUGUCCACUGUUGCUGCUCACGCUGCAAUGCUAUCUGCUGCAAAUGCUGGUGCAGGUUAUACAGCCUUCGCGCAACAGAGACGAAGAGAGGCAGAAGAGAGAAGAUCUGGCGAGAGGAAGUUGGAUAGAAGAUCUUGACGUCAAAAUUAAUUAUAGAAGCAUCAGGUUGACUUUCUUUAUCAAUCCUAGUAGAGAUCGCUAAGGAUUCCGAGAUCAGAUCGAAUCCUGCUGGACAUCGUGCAAUACUAAUCGUGUACCUUCAUUUUUUUUCUUCCUAACUGAAGGAGAUAAUGUUCUUAUACACAGUGUUAAGUUCUCAUAUGUAAAGCAAAAAUUUUCCAGAGAUGUAUUGUUGGCGUGUUUGAUCUCUCUCUACCAGACACAGAUUUCUUCCUUCUGUCCUGUAUUCGUGAAAUAAUUUGUCCAUUCACUUAGAAGAUGGAAAUAGUCAUGAAGCUUAAGAAGCAAUUUCUUUGU